AUGGCAUCUGAUGAAAAGCAACCUUCUGGUCUGAAAAGAAAGGGCAAAAAACAAUCUGAUCAAAAAUCAAGUGAUAGUAGUAAGGAAGAAAUGGAAAGUUUUAUGAAAAAGGUAUGUAAUCGUCUUGAAAAAAUGCACGUAAUUUCACGUUUACUGGAAGAACCGGAAGAGCAGACGCAAAGUAGUAGCGAAUCACGUCGUAAACCAAAGAAGUCACGAGUAUUCUCUAACAAUGUUUAUGAAUUUUUCUGCGAUCAACCAUCAACAAGUAAGCAAUCAGAGCCAAAAUCACCAUCAAAAAGCAAGCAAUCAGAGCAAAAAUCACAAUCAAAAAGUAAGCAACUAGAGCAAAAAUCACCAUCAAAAAAGAAGCAAUCCAAGAAUGAACCUUCAAGUAGCGCAGAUCAGAAAGCUAAAAAUGUAAUAGCUGAAGAGAUUGAUGUUAUUGAUUUGAGCGAACAAGCUGGAACUAGUUGGAGUGGUACAUCAACGUUUGGUGAACAACUAUAUAUUGAAAAUCCUGAUGAACCAUCGACAUCUACCGGAUUACGAAGCAAGAUUGAAAGUGAUGACGAAACGCUUCCAAAAAUUUUAGAACGACCAAUCUUUAAGCAAGAAGAUAGUGCAACGAUUCAUAAGCCAAAAUUAUCUAGUUUAUAUGGCAUUCAUAAAAAACCGCGUCCAAGCAAAGAUUCUGAUAAUACAGAUCUUGCUGAAUCAUCAAUUCGUAAAGGUGCACGUCCGAAGCAAAUGGUUAAACAAACGAAAAGUGAGAAAGCAUCAUCAAGUGUAGAAAGAGAAACAAAGUUAAAAAAUGAAAAAGCUAAAGAUACUCGUGGUCAACGUGUAAUUUCUAAAUUAGAAAGAAUUCCUGAAAAUCAACCACUUAUUCUGAAUGCGCCACCAUCAAAGCGUGAUCGUUCGCAACGAGCACGUGAACGACUUCGAAAGAAAUUUGAGGAAGGAUAUAAUAUAUCAUCAUCAAAAACAAGAAAUAAAUAG